UUUCCCCUUCCUCUUCCCCCCCCCCCUCUCCUUCCCCCCCCUUCCCCCCCUCCUCUCCCCUCUUCCCCCCCCCUUUUUUUUCCCCUUUCUUCCCCCCCU